UUAGCUUUCAGUUAACUUUUGUUAUCAUUGAUUUUUCUAUCAUUUUUACGUCCGGCGAGUAAGAAAGAUUGCGAAAGAAAUUUUGGCAUCGACUGCCUUACGUUAGUAACGAAUUAAGAUGACUGCACUGGAAGCUUCAAACAUGGCGGACGCGCUCCAGGGUCAACCGAGCAAAACAAAAUCUAGAAAAGCUAGCCUUGGACUUACUUCGACCCGAAGCUUUUUCGUCAAGAAACCACCCCAAGCUCCCUUAAAUCAGCAGUCAGGAUAUGACAGUCUUAGACUGAGAAGUGGCAGUACAAUUCGGGACGAAGAGUUUUCAGAAGAAGCAGAGCUCAAACAAAACAGCCAAGCGGAAAUUGUUAAUUUGGAGAACACAUAUCGUGUGGGACCCGACCCGGCGAAGAAAUUCUCUCCCGUUGCUGCUAAGAGAAUUGCAGAAGAAGUGUUGGCCAAUAGACUCGCAAAUGUGAGCUACGAUCCGAAUUUGUGUCGGGAUUUAACACUGCAAAUCUCGGAAGAAGUAAAAUCUCAAGUCAAACUGCUCGGCUUCGAUCGAUACAAGAUCGUGUGUGUGACGCACAUUGGUCCGAAGAUGGGCCAAUCGAUUCGGAUCGGAAGUUUGUGCUGUUGGGACGAGAAAGCCGACAACUUUGCGGAAUGUAGCUUUAUUAACAACUCUCUGUUUGCUGUGGUCUUAGUAUUUGGCGUAUAUCAAGAAUAAAUACAACAAUCACAAUA